AUGUGGCAACCGGAACAAGCCUCUGCCUUAUUAUUAACUGACAGUACUGCGUGUAUGGAUAAAAAUACCAAAAAGACGACAACCGAUCGUUUCCCGGCGAUAAAGAUAAUCACCGAAGAGUACGUGAGAAUCGUAGAAGACGACAACCGGAAUCUAGAAAACGAGAUUAGAGUAUGUCAAGAAAAGUUGCACGGUUUUAAAGAGAUGGAACAGGAGAAGGAGAGACUCCAAGAGGAGGUGGAAUCUUGGAAGGAAACCGUUGCCAAGUAUGAAUUGGGUAGCCGAAAAUCUGAGCUACCAAUGGCAGAAAAACCGGAUGAGUACAAUAAACGUUUAAAGCAACUCGUAGACGAGAUUUCCAAGCUGAAAGCCGAUCUGGAGACGUCAUCACGUAAAGUGAGUUUCCAAUCGGAAGAAAUUAAAAACCUGACUGCUACGACAAUUCAACAGCAGAACAAAUUGAAGAACAUGUCUAUAGAAAACGAUGACCUGACUCUAAAGUUGGCGCUUUCCCGAGACAUUGAAUCCAAACUGAUGAAAGAGAUGACCGAUUUAACGGAUGAAUUCAACAGGAAGCAGGAAAUCUUGGAAGAAAGAGAUGCGAUUUUGAAUUCUACCCUACAGGCCAAAAGGGUUGCCGAUAAGAAAGUCGAGGAGAUGCACAAAUCACAGCUAGAACUUCAACUAGCCCAUCAGAAAAAUCUGGACUUGACCAGUAUGAAUGCUCAAUUACAAAUUGAGUCAACAGAAUUGAAAAGGAAAAGGGAAGUGAUGAAGGGUGAAUUUCGACGCGUUACCAAGGAAAAAGACGCUGCUUUAGUGUUCGAGGAAAAAGCCAGGAAAUUAGCCCAAGAAGCCAGAAAAUUGGCCGGCGAACGAGAAAUUGCAAACGGACUCCUUCAGUUAAAUUUAACCCAACUAAAAACAGAGUUAACUACAUUCAAGUCUCAAAUCAACGAGCUCAAAAAAGAGAAAUCCGUUCUGCUCUACAAUGCCUCAAAGUGGGAGGCCACCGAAUCUAAACUAAAAAUUGAAAUCAUCAAUUUGAAAGCUAAAAUGCAAACUCAAAAUGAGACAAUCAUAACAAAAAUGAAGGAGAUAGAACGUCUGAAGGCGGAAAAUCUCUAUCUAAAGCCUUGCCUUGCAAACUUGAGAGAGAGUCUCGCCAAAAAGUCGGUCGAAAAUGACGACUAUGUUACCCGUUAUUGUGACCUGCUAAGCGAAAAAUCUUUGCUGGAGGUAACUAACGACAACCUGAUGAAGGAAUUUGAAGAUUCCCGAAAAGAACUAGAACGAAUAAAACGAGAGUAUCAAGAUCUUUGGGACACGCGAGAGGCUGUUUUGCAAUCGGCGCAAAAAUCGACAAAGUUGGCCAAAGAGCAAGUAGAGGAUCUAUCGGAAGCUCUGGAUGCAUUGCGAGAAGCCACUGAACAAACCAAAGACGCAGCUAAAGCGAGAAAAGCAGAACGAGAAUCGAUGAACUUUGGCGCGACUAAAACCAAAGCAGGCAAAAAAAAAGGUACUACUUGGAUUAAAGAACUGUUUGCCAAGACCUAUCGAAAGUCACAGUACGAAGAUGAGUACGCAAAUUUGCUGGAAACAAUAGGGCUCCAAAUGGUGGAAAGAGCCAAAGAACUGCAAGACCAAGCAAAUAAUGUCAAAGCAAAAGGCAAAGCCCUGAGGAAGAAAGCUAAAUCCGGCUAA